AUGGGAAGCGUGAACUCAUCACCGAAUGAAGAGUUUGAAACUGUGCCAGAUUCACAAAUUUCAGGGUUUGAUUCUCCUUUGAUACCGACUAGUGUGGGAAGUUACUUUCGCGAUGACGAUGACGAUGAGAAGGUGCAUCCCAACUUUAUUAGUGAUCCUGAGAACGACAGUUUGAAUAGCGACGAAGAGUUUUCUAGCCUAGAGAACAGCGAUUUGAAUCUUUCUGGUGCCAAGGCGGAGUCUGGAGACGAUUUUGAUCCAAUCUUAAAAAGAACCAUCAUUUCCAAAAGAAAGGCACCAAGUAAUAACGAGGAUGAGGAGAUUGUCAAGACACCCAGAAAAUUAGUCAAUUACGUACCUUUAAAAAUUUUCAAUCUAGGUGAUAGCUUCGACGAUACGAUCACUACUACAGUGGCCAAGCUACAAGACUUGAAAAAAGAAAUAUUGGAUUCACCUAGAAGCAACAAAAGCAUAGUUAUUACUAGUAACACUGUAGCCAAAAGUGAGUUACAAAAAAGCAUAAAGUUUUCUGGGUCUAUCCCAGAAAUUUAUUUGGAUGUGGUUACCAAGGAAACCAUAUCAGAUAAAUAUAAAGAUUGGCAUUUCAUCUCUAAAAACUGCCAUUACGAGCAAUUGAUGGAUUUGGAAAUGAAAGAUACGGCGUAUUCAUUCCUGUUUGGUAGUAGUAGAUCGCAAGGAAAAGUUCCUGAAUUUGUUCACUUGAAAUGCCCAAGCAUCACGAAUUUACUGGUCUUAUUUGGCGUCAAUCAAGAAAAGUGUAACUCGUUAAAAAUCAACUACGAGAAAAAGGAAAAUUCUAGAUAUGAUAAUUUAUGCACAAUUUUCCCCGUUAACAAAAUGCUCAAAUUCCUAAUGUAUUUUUAUAGUGAUGAUGAUAAUGAUGAUGUUAGAGAAUUCUUUCUGAAAGCCUUCAUAUGUUUAAUCUUGGAUAGAAAGGUUUUUAACGCUAUGGAAUCGGACCAUAGACUGUGUUUUAAGGUCCUGGAAUUAUUUAAUGAGGCACAUUUCAUAAAUUCAUAUUUCGAAAUUGUGGACAAGAACGACUUUUUUUUACAUUAUAGGCUACUACAAAUCUUCCCUCAUUUACAAAGCGCCUUGCUCAGGAGACGCUUUAGUGAAAAGCAAGGUCGGACUGAAACUAUACAGCAAAAUAUAAUCAAAGAGUUUAACGAAUUUUUUGAUUGUAAAAACUAUAAAAAUCUACUAUAUUUUAUUUUAACGAUGUAUGGCUCGAAAUUUAUUCCUUUUGGUCCCAAAUGUCAAGUAACAGAAUAUUUCAAAGAUUGUAUUUUGGAUAUUUCUAAUGAAACGACAAAUGAUGUUGAAAUUUCUAUCCUGAAGGGAAUAUUAAAUUUGUUUUCUAAAAUCAGGUAA